AUGCAGGCACCACGAGAAGGCCCAGAUGGCAGACAUGCCGCUCAAUCGUCGUCGAUUAAUUUGAGCAACGUCAUCCAAGUUCAUCCCAAUGACAGAAUGAGAGUUGAGGCGAGUGUGAUCUCUAUCCCCGGCUACCACACUCCACCAGUCAGCAAGUGGGGCGUCGAUGAUGAACUGGCAGGAAGUGACUUGGCGGAGCACUUGGCCCAACUUUCGACUGAGUUUCCACAACGGCCAAUUAUCUUCAUUGCCCAUUCUCUCGGGGGCGUGCUCCUCAAGAAGGCGUUAUUCUUAGUGCAUCAAAACCUACAAGAUCCGAGGUUCAAGUUAGUCGUAGGCUGCUUAUCAGGUAUUUUAUUCUUGGGAACGCCUCAUGGUGGGGUCACGGAUGAAGAUACAUUACUGCGUCACAAUCGGAUCCUGCACAAGUGCGCAAAGAUCGCAACGCAUAAAAGGAAACUCCCAACCUCGAAUAUCUUCCAAUUAGCAAAUUUGGCCGUUAGGUUCGAGCAAAUUUCUUCUAUUCCUCUCCUGUCCGUAUUUGAAUGUGGGCAUCACCUGUCUUGUAUGCAACGGCUUCUCGGGACAAAACAGGCACUUGUUGACGAACAAACCGCUACUAUAUCGUCCAGCAUGGAGCGCCUAUUUGGGCAAAUGAAAAAUGAGCUGAAAUUGACCUUCACUUCAGAAAAGGGCUCGCACGUGUAUAAAGGUUCCGGCAAAUCAACUCACCAGAUUCCACGUCGCUUACUCCUCCUCUCGCCAAAUUCAGAGCGACUCCUAAGCGACAUACUUGAUCUCAUGGACAAGCAUCUCCUUCCGCGCGAAAUGCCAGACUCAGGAAAUGUUCACAGCACUCGCCUUUUUGCAAUUUGUGGCAUGGGUGGGGUUGGAAAGACUGAUAUCGCGAUUCAAUACGCCUACUCUAGGAAGGAAAAAUUCGGGGCUAUCUUUUGGCUCGAGGCAGGGGGCGUAUCACAGCUGGUAUCCGAUUUUGGUAGAAUUCCAACUCAGCUAGGGCUUGAAGGUCCAGAUGAAGCCCAAGAUCUUGAAAAUAGCAAAGAGAUAGCCAAGGCCUGGUUGAACAAAACUAAUAGGAAUGAAAAUCAAGAAGGCGGAGCGGAAGAGAACUCCAUUUGGUUAUUGAUCUUUGAUAAUGCUGACAACCUGGAUAUCAUUGCCGACUACCUGCCAUACGAUGGAAAUGGUUCAGUGUUGAUAACGAGUCGGGAUCCCUUUGCCAAAACACACUUCCGCUCGGAUGGAUCUGGCAUUGACUUGGAUCCGCUUUCAACAGUUGAGGCGGCCACUCUUCUCCGUAAGCUAGCUAAAGGAUCCACGGAGAUUGAGGAUGAAGAUGAGUUGGCGGCCUCAACCGAGGUAGCUACCCAAUUUGGUGGUCUGCCAUUAGCCAUGACACAAAUGGCGGGGUUUAUUCGCAAGAGACACCUUUCAAUCCGAGAAUAUGUAAAUUUAUUUGCCUCUGACGCUCAAUAUGUGGAGACACGUAAUGUUAGCAAUGCCGAACAGGAAUAUCGAUACUGA